UUACAACAGCUUUACGUUAUUUAUCUUGUUUUCAACUCUUGGACUAACUUCUCAGACCACCCUUGUAGUGAACACAUUGUUUUCUUAGAACCUAGGUAGCACGGACACGGACACAGACACGGGAAAACAGGACAAUUCGACACCAACACGGCAAAACGGCCUUAUUUUAAGGUUUCCUAUGUUGAAAUUGAAAUUUUGUGUCCGAAACGGGAAACGCUGAUCAAGUGACGUGUCCGUGCUACCUAGCUUAGGACUUCUGAAAGGAUUAUCCUAAAUAAUCGAGACCCGAAGAGCUAUCCGACAAAGAUUACACCUCGUACUAUACAAAACACAGGAGACCGUAUUUUGGUGUGGGCAAAGAGGAAAUGUAUUUCAGGAUGCUGUCGGGAAUCAAACACAUGCACGCAUGACUCGGAAUCCUCUGCAAUUUGAUAAUGGUCGACAGAAUUGGCAUUUGUCUAGGCAUCCAUAUAGUUCCCAAUCAUAUGACGCACCUAAAUCGGGUUUUUCGGAUAAGGUUUUAAAAGACAUCCCAGAAUAUGUGAAAAUAGUUGAAGUGGGCCCGAGGGAUGGAUUACAAAAUGAGAAGGAUGUUGUGCCAACUGCGGUAAAGGUUGAGUUGAUUAGAAAGCUAGUUUCUUCAGGCUUGCCUGUUGUUGAGGCCACAAGUUUUGUGUCACCAAAAUGGGUACCACAGCUAGCCGACGCAAAGGAUGUGAUGACGGCAAUUAGGUACUUUGAACAUGCUCGAUUUCCUGUAUUAAUUCCUAAUUUGAAAGGUUUUGAAGCAGCUGUUGCUGCCGGGGCAAAAGAAGUUGCCAUCUUUGCAUCAGCCUCGGAAUCAUUUUCUAAGUCAAAUAUCAAUUGCAGCAUUGAAGAUAGUCUGGUUCGUUACAGUGAUGUCGCACUUGCUGCCAGAAAACUUUCAAUUCCUAUUCGUGGAUAUAUAUCAUGCGUUGUGGGGUGUCCAGUGGAGGGAAUGAUAUCUCCAUCAAAAGUUGCUCAUGUGGCUAAAUGUCUCUGUGAUAUGGGUUGCUCAGAAAUUUCUCUAGGUGAUACAAUUGGUGUGGGUACUCCAGGUACUGUCAUUCCAAUGCUUGAAGCUGUUAUGGAUGUUAUACCUGUUGAUAAGCUUGCUGUUCACUUUCAUGACACUUAUGGGCAAGCUCUUUCAAAUAUUCUAGCAUCGCUUCAACUGGGGAUUACCACCGUUGAUUCAUCAGUUUCUGGACUUGGGGGUUGCCCAUAUGCUAAAGGGGCCUCUGGUAAUGUUGCUACUGAAGAUGUUGUUUACAUGCUAAAUGGUCUUGGAGUAAAGACCAACGUCGAUCUCCAGAAAGUAAUGUUAGCUGGGAGUUUCAUCUGCAACCAUUUGGGACGCCCAUCUGGCUCUAAGACAGCAAUUGCCUUGAGUAAAAUCAAAGCUCAUUCCUCCAAACUUUAAGUGUUUCAGCAUCUUCUGUUUCAACAUUUCCAUUUUGGGACAACAUAGGGUGCAAACACUCACAAUGGUCCUUUACAGUUCUGCAUUAUGGAUGAUCUUGCUGGUGGAUUUUGAGUUGAUCAUCAUCAAUAUUCUGCUGAACCUAUUCCGAAACGGAUGACAGACAAACUUCUUUGGAGGAUAUUUCUAUAGCAUAUGUACAUUAAUAAAUUGAAUAGUUUAAAUGCCUGGCAUUAUUAACCACGCUAAUUUGUGAUUACUUAAAAUAAUCCAAGCUUGUUUCCAUGUUAAAUAUAAAUGAACUUUUCUCAA